AUGAGGUUCUCAGUAAUUGCUCUUCUCGCUGCGGCUACCGCCGUUGUGGCACAGGACACUGUCUCUGUGACUGCCGGUGGUGAUUGUGAGCCUCACGGCGACCACUGGCACUGCGCCGACGGUGUUCCAGAGCCUACUACCCCUCCUACCCCAGAGCAACUCGCUUCUCAUUCUGCUGAGGAGGCUGCUGAGGAUACAGCUGCUUCUACCCCUGCCUCUACCAUCGCUUCAACUACCCUCACCGUUGUCACUUCUGGAUCUGCCCUGGUCACUGCAUCCGCAUCCCACAGCCACGACGAUGAGGACGACCACGACCAUGAAGCCACCGCCAGCACUUGCGAGCCCCACGGUGAUCACUGGCACUGCCCUGCUGGCGUUGCUGAGCCCACCACUGCCCCUGCCGAGACCGUCUCUGGUACUGCUACUGUCACUGCCAGUGGUGACGCUGCUGAAUCUGCCGCUGGUACCUCCAGCGCUCUCCCUGAGCAAACCUCUAACGCCGCUGUCGCUCUUGGCGCUGGCAAGGUUGCUGCUGUUCUCGGUGCUGCCGCUUACUUCCUGUAA